GCUUCUGUCGCGGGUGGUAUCCCAGGAGUCGUAUCGGCUUAUAGGGGUCGUUCCUUAGCUAAAAUUAAUUGCGCUCUGAGCUUCUCCGGAGGGGAGGGGAGCGUCUAUCCAUCCACCCAGAACUGCAUGCAUUACAAGAUAUGAUGUUGCUUCGAUCUCCUUUUAGUACCUCCAACUGCAGCAAGACCUCCCUAGACUAUGGUACCUGCAGCCAGACUCCUGCACCUCUGCACUGCAUUGCAGCCGCUUCCAGGUGCAAAGGGGGACCACGGUGGGGUCCGGGUUUAAGCUAGCCCCGAGUCAAAGCCUUCCAACUGAGAGAAAGACCUGUGGCCAACGCAGCUCUCCACUCCAUUCUCGCUCCUUUCAGGGUUGUUUGUUUCCCCUGCAAUAAUUUAACGUCUCCGAGUCUGUUGUAGUGACAGCUCAUGCAUCACCUUCGUAUUUCUUGACCAUUCUUCAUCUGGUCAUUUCAUAGCAUGUCGCAUAGUGACUUAUAAAGACCUCAUCCUCUCUUGGGAGAAAGGAGGGAACACUGGAAGUUACUGAGUAAUUUGAAGACUACCGUGGAGGGUUUGGUGUCAGCCAACAAUCCCAACGUGUGGUCCAAAUAUGGAGGCUUGGAGCGACUUUGCAGAGACAUGAAGGGCAUCCUUUAUCAUGGGCUCAUCCAUGACCAGGUCUGCUGCCAGCAGAACGAUUACUGGCAAUUUGUGAAGGACAUUCGGUGGCUCAGCCCUCACUCAGCCCUUCACGUAGAGAAGUUCAUCAGCUUGUAUGAGGACGGUCAGCGGAGCCCGGACGGCGUGAGGGACCAGGCCAUUGCGGAGCUGUGGUUGCAGCACAGUCUGCAGUUCCACUGCCUCUCUGCCCAGCUGCGGCCCUUGCUGGGAGACAGAGAGUACAUCAGGAAAUUCUACACAGAUGCUGCUUUCCUGCUGAGCAGUGCUCACGUCACAGCCAUGCUGCAGUGCCUGGAAGCAGUGGAGCAGAACAACCCCCGGCUCCUGGCUCAGAUCGAUGCCUCCAUGUUUGCCAGGAAGCAUGAGACCCCGGUGCUGAUGACCAAAAGCCAGAGUCUGACAGCACUGCCUGGCUCGUCCAAUACCCCUCCUGCCAAGUACACCCAGCAUUGUUAUGUUGGCUCCUUCUCUGGCCCCUACCAAUCUACCCCCAUUCCCAUCACAGACAAAAGACCCACUUCAUUCUCCCUCUCUGGCCCUCCACGGAAACCUCAAGAAAGCAAAGAGCCUAUUGCACUGGCAGGGGACCAAUCCUUCCGGGGCUCCUUACCUUCUCCUUCUGCCGUCUCAGCAUUGGCCAGGGAUUCACCACCCUCCCCAAACGAUAUGAGCUCUAGCGCCCUGACCAGCCCCAGUGAAGAGCCUUGGACCAGCAGCCAGGAUGACCCCCAAAGUGAUGCCAACGAUGGGCCUGAGUAUCUAGCCAUUGGCAACUUGGGUAGUCGAGCCCGAACUGCCAGCCGUCAGGGAGAGCAAGAGGAAAGUGGUCAGAGCCAAGUGCCUGGGGUCCUUCGUAGGUCCAGCUUUUCAGAGGGCCAGACGCUGGCCGUUUCUGGCGGAGCCAAGAAGAGCCACACCCGUUCACAUUCUGACACCAACAUAGCUUCUAGGGAAGUUCAAGAAGGCCUCAGGAAUAUCACCAUUAUAGUUGAAGAUCCUAUUGCAGAAUCCAGAAAUGAUAGCUCAAAGUUGAAAGCACCUAUCUCCUCCUCUGGCCGAAACAGUGAAGUCAGCAUUCCCAGCUCUCUGGACAUGGAGCCUGAUGGUAAUCAGUACCUAUGCUCAGGGGAAGGCAUGUUCCGAAGGCCUUCAGAAGGACAAUCCCUCAUCAGUUACUUGUCUGAACAGGAUUUUGGUAGCUGUGCGGACCUGGAGAAGGAGAAUGCCCACUUUAGCAUCUCAGAGUCCUUGAUUGCUGCCAUUGAACUAAUGAAGUGCAAUAUGAUGAACCAGCACCUGGACGAGGAAGAAGAUGACAGUGAUAAGGAGAUCCAGGAACUGAAACAGAAAAUCCGUCUUCGGCGGCAGCAGAUCCGCACCAAGAACCUUCUCCCUGCCUACCAGGAGACGGAGCAUGGAAGCCUUCUGGUCACUUCCAGUGGCUCCCAGUUCAGCUCACGUGAUUCAGCACGACUUUCUGACUCUGGCUCCACUGAUGAAGUUGAUGAAUUUGAGAUCCAAGAUGGUAGUGAUGGGUCUAACCUGAUCCACUCGUCAAAGAACGGAUUGUCAGUGUCCAUGGCUUCAUUGUUUUCAGAUGCUGACAUCAGGAGGAGCACAAGCUCCAGCAGCAGAUCCCACCUUUCUUCAGAGUCCUUCUCCCACUGUUUUCUGCAUUCCACAUCGGCCGAGGCCGUGGCCAUGGGACUUCUGAAGCAGUUUGAGGGGAUGCAGCUCCCAGCCGCCUCAGAGCUAGAGUGGCUGGUUCCUGAGCAUGAUGCCCCACAGAAGCUCCUUCCCAUCCCUGAUUCAUUGCCCAUCUCGCCAGAUGAUGGGCAGCAUGCCGACAUCUACAAGCUACGCAUCAGAGUUCGAGGGAACCUGGAGUGGGCCCCACCCCGUCCCCAGAUAAUCUUUAAUGUCCAUCCUGCCCCCACGAGAAAAAUUGCUGUGGCAAAGCAGAAUUACCGCUGUGCAGGGUGUGGCAUUAGAACAGACCCUGACUACAUCAAGCGGCUUCGUUACUGUGAAUAUCUGGGCAAGUACUUCUGCCAGUGCUGCCAUGGGAAUGCCCAGGUAGUCAUCCCUAGCCGCAUUCUGCGCAAAUGGGACUUCAGCAAGUACUAUGUCAGCAACUUCUCUAAGGACCUGCUUACCAAGAUUUGGAACGAUCCUCUCUUCAAUGUGCAGGACAUCAACAGUGCCCUCUAUAGGAAGGUCAAACUGCUUAAUCAAAUCCGGCUGUUGCGGAUCCAGCUGUACCACAUGAAGAACAUGUUCAAGACUUGCCGGCUAGCAAAAGACCUCCUGGAUGCCUUUGACACAGUGCCAGGCCACUUGACGGAAGAUCUCCACCUGUACUCCCUCAGUGACUUGACUGCCACCAAGAAGGGGGAGCUGGCGCCUCAGCUUGCGGAGCUCGCCAGGGCAGGCACCGCACAUGUGCAGCACUGCAUGCUCUGCCAAGCCAAGGGCUUUAUCUGUGAGUUCUGUCAGAAUGAGGAUGAUAUCAUUUUUCCAUUUGAACUUCAUAAGUGCCGGACCUGUGAAGAGUGUAAAGCUUGUUACCACAAAGCCUGCUUCAAGUCUGGAAGCUGCCCCAAGUGCACACGGUUGCAAGCCCGGAGAGAAUUGCUGGCCAAGCAGAGCCUGGAGUCCUGUGUGUCUGAUUACGAGGACGAGACGGCCGAGGUGGUGGCUCUGGAGGCCACCUGAAGAAUGGUGUGUGUCACAAGACACUCAACACGGAGCCGUCCUGUGGACUCCCCCCACCCACCCAUCCGCCACCCUGAGGGUUUUUUAUUUUGUUUUUAUAACUAAUAUGAGCCCCUCAUCUAGGCACCUUACCUGAUAUGUGCCAGGUUACUGGGCUCCUUGCUUUCCAGUCUGCUGUAGAAGAGGAUUUGUUGGGAGCCAGGCAUUUCCACCAGGACUGGCAGUGGUCAAGGACUGCAGGACCUGACUUCCUGUGCCACCUUCUGGUCCUUCAGGGCCAGCCUGCCCUUCAUGUCCUUAGCACAUAUCCCACUCUUUUCCAGUUGGUACUAGAGUUUCUGAACCAAGGCUCUCCCAAGUCCCUAGCAGAACUCCCUUGCUUCUCCUUUCCUACUAAAACAGGAAAUGGUUUUUUUCUGUAUCUCUCCAACCCUGGAAUUGAGUUAAACUAAACCCCGAGGAGGAGCAGCAUAAAGCAGAAAUAGCAUCCUGGGCACACUGCACCUACUCUCAUUUCCCAGGCAAACACAAUGUCCACAGAGCCUGUUCUGGUGGGGUUGACAUAAGGUACAGGAACAGAACAGCCCUCUGACAGUGGCCCCCAUAGCCAUCCAUCCAAAGCAGGUGUAACUGAGGCAGCAGCUCAUUGCCUGCUUUAAAGGGGAUUCUACAUGUAGGUGGGGUUGACGCGUGUCUCUCCUGUUCUGUCAGCCCUUGUUGCAUGUUAAAAUUCUAACACUUAGCCAUUUCAGCAUCGUGGUACAGGGAGGAUCUUUGGCAAUCAGGCCGGUUCCCUAAUAUCACCAUAAACUGAGUGCAGAAAUCCUACUGCCUUGCUUAAGGGUUGUCCCACUGCUUGGGCCUCUGGUCAUUGGUGACUGUAGGUAAAGCCUGGCUCUCUUUCCUCUUUGUGUCCAGCAGUGAACCCAAUGCCACCCUUGGUGCCCAGUCUUUGUUGUCAUGCCUUUUGUGGUAGGUACUCUCCACUAGGGGAGGCAUAGCUAAGCUGUCACUGUAAGUGUCUGUGUCCCUGUGGGCAAGUGACUUAUGUUCCCCCUUUCUCUAGACACGAGUCCACUGUUGCCAGUUAUACACUUAAAAACUCUUGACCUGGCCUGGAGACACUUAGGUAUCCAAUUGUCCUUUUAGUUUUAAAUUAUUUUUCUCAUUUUAUGUACUUUGGGGAAAAAUUUUCAGUUUGGAAAUGUAUGCAUUUGUGGAGGGUUUUUUGGUCACUUUCCUGUUGAUGUCUGUGUCCUUGUCUACCACGAGUAAAACCAAUAUCCCCAUACUGAGGAUUGCUGCUAUAUGGACUGCUGUUGGGCAUGUUUGUCUGCAUGUUCCUGUCUUCCUGCUGUUGUGUGUGUCUAAUGUGGGUAGUCUUGCCCACGUGCUGUCUCAGGGAGGGAAACUGAAAGUCGUUCAGUGGAGGCUGUUAGAAUGAAUGAGGCUUAAGCACAAUAGAAGUGUCUGUCAGUGGAAGAAAAGGUGUGGUCCAAGCAUGGCCGAGGUAGGUAAGUAGUGCAACUCCUUUGGAGGAUCCUCAGUGUGGCUGUAAAGACCCGAGUGCUGGCCUCUGGUCAUUGCAGCUUGAGCCUCCAGAAAGCCUAAUGUCCAGCCUUGCCCAUGCUCUCUCCACCUUUAGGCCUGGAAGCCCAUUUGCCAGCUCCCAGAACCUGGAGAUGAGCCUUGAAAAGCUGUUGUGAUGGCACCUCAGGCCUGCUGGUGAUCUCUGCCUCCAGUUUUGACAUAGGCCACCAGGCCACGCUUCCUUAAUCUCAGUCCCUCACUGAGGGAGAAAUGUGCGGUCUAGCUUCCCUGCCUGUUUGCCAUUAGCUAAGGUUUACUACUAGAAACGCUGCUGUUAGCUCCUCAGCCCAGCUGGGGAAUCUUGCAGUUUUCUGGUUCUUUCAUUUCCUUCAUUUCAUUCCAAGUUGUUAAUCUGGUUCAGUAACUGUCACAUCCCUAUCACCAUCCAAAGGGCCCUUGGUUUUGAGUUUUGUUUUUUGGGGGGUGGGGGUGAGGAGCAGGGAGGGCAGAAAAAGGGAGAAGGAUAUUGUAUGUGUGUGUGUGGGGGUGGAACAUGAGAAUGUUUUAAAAGCAGUUUUCCAACUUUUCAGUAUCUGAAAACCCAGUGUUCUGUAUGAAGAGGGAUUUCUCUAUGCACUGAUUUAAUUUGGGAGUGGGGUAAAGGAGCCACUGAAGAAAGUUGCUUCUCCUGUAUGGAGUGAGUGGAACCAAGUAUAUAUUUUCUGUAAGUGAAAGAAAAGGCAGCUGUGUAUAAAAGUGGGGAUAAGAUUCAAGACACGGCAGAGGGGUGGAAAGUAAAUAUUCUACACCAAUGAGGCUGUUCUUGACUCUCUCCACCAAGACAUUCAAGUCUCUUGUAAUAAAUAAUGUUAUUAAUGUGUUGAGUAUAAAUAGAGAUGGUCCGUCUGUAUGUCAUAAAGUACAUUGUAUUCUGAGCUGGAUUUUUGCUUGCCGUAUUGUACUUCCUACACAGCCUAACAGUCCAGUGUCACCUUUAAUAAACUAAGGAAAUGAAAUUC